UCGACGCGAGCGUACGUUCUGUCAGUGAAGCUAACACAGCUAUUUACUGAAAUGAAAACUUGAAUCGGUUGCAAACUGAGGUGUUUAGUAAUUGUGCUUUUUGUGUGACUUUUUGUGAACGUUUGAACAUCGGAUUUCCUAUUUUGCUCUAAAAUGCAGAGCAGGAAACGACAAAAGAAACGACGAGCGAAGCAGAGCGCUGUGAAAUGACACACGAAUAUGUAACUUACAGUGUUUUGUUUUAAAGUUGAAAAUGGCAUGUCCGGCAGUCAAGUGCUCCAAUAGGGAUUUGUUUGUGGUUGUUCUGUUACUGUGCCAGACUAUAGUUUGUGACAGCCAGUGUCCGAAGUUCGCGGAGAGACCUUUGGAGACGCGCGUCCAAGAUGCUUCCAUAGUUUUUAGAGCAGUCGUUGUACAAACACAUUACCAGAUAAGGACAUUAGAUUUGGCACUCGUAUCAAUAUAUCGGGGAGGAGUAGAGCUGGCGUCAGUAAGCCAAUACUCUGGCUCGCCCUACAACACUACCGACAGACAGGUGAACCUCAAAAUCAGCCCACAGUUGCGUGGGUGCUUCAACUGGAGCAUCUACCCUCAGAGCGAGCUGGUGGUGUUCUCCAGGGUCAGUGACCCAGCGGUGGACCUGGAGACCACGCCGCCGGAUGGGCCAUGGCUGGAGGCUACUGCGGCGGCGGUGCCUUGGAGCCUCGGCGUCGAUAUCGCGAUAUGGAACGCCGUUGGUUGGGCUGGAUGGGGGGAGUGGGGGGUAUGCAGCACCACCUGCGGCGGGGGGAGGCAGACGAGACGGAGGUACUGCUCCAGAGCCUCGUGCGAGGGGUACGGGGAACAGGCCCGCUCUUGUAACUCCUUCGACUGCGAAGGAACAAUAAAUCCGCUCGCCCCAGGCGCGAGGCGCAACUUCCACCCCGCCCAGGCACGCUGGGGCCCGGUGCCUGACAGGCCUCACGCUUUCAGCCUGAGGCCCAACUCAUACAUAUGGAUCGCAUCCUCAGAACUGUUUGCCGCUGGGAAGACAUUUCCUCGGGAGUUCACGCUUUUUAUUUCUCUAAGACUAAGACCAGAGAGCGGAGGAUACGGCCAAGGGACGCUAUUCUCUCUUCGCUCCCGACGUCGGACGGGAUCCUUCCUGUCUCUAGAACUGGCUGGAAGAGGUGCAGCCAGGCUGGUGCAUGCGGGCGCUGGCUCCUCGAGAUCAAUCUACCUAGCUGUGCCGUUGUACGACUUUAGGUGGCAUCAUAUUGCUAUUAGCGUCCAUGACGACAAUACGGUGCGCGUCUACGUGGACUGCCGCUGGCUGCGGACGGACGUUCUCGAGAAGGACGCAUUGGACACACCCCGGGACGCUGACCUUAUUAUUGGCUAUCUCUUUUCAGGAGAUCUGGAACAGAUGGUCUUGGUACCAAAGGCUGGCCAGGCUCACAAGCAGUGCUCAAGUCUAGCGACGGGGAUCACACCCUUUGUCACUCCUCGGGACACGUAAGAAAGGAAGGCUUGGGGCGAUAUUAACGGUGUGUAAGUCUAAGAAACAAUAAAAUCCUUGGAUAUUAAUACAUGUUCGUGAUUAAUUGAUUCGUGAUUCCUAUGAACUAACUAUUACUUCCAACAGCCUAGCUCGAGACUAUAGUCUGGCAAGUUCCUUGACACUCCUAUGAUAUGCGGGCGACGGGGGGAAAGACUGCGCGGGUGUGUAUAUUUGCGUGCGGGGAAGUGAGGUGCAUCAGUCGUGGGUUUUUUCAUUCAUCGCUAUACGCCCCCCAGCCCGCGCGGACUAUCAGGAAUGUUACGAACGAAGUUGCCAAGCUAUAAUCACAUUAAUUUUAAUUUUCAAACGCAAAAUGAUAUAGUAAAAUAAAUAGAAGUAAUAAAUGAAAUUCAGUUUUAGCUUUUAUUUAUAUUAAAACUUCACUUUUCGAAAUACAUCAUUAUUAAAAUAGUUUCAAAAUGAACGCGAUAAUAUUUUAAGAACAAGUUAUCUGUCUAAUAGAACAAAGUCUAUUAGAACAUUUUUAUUAUACAGUAACUUGGUUACUUAAUUAACCAUAAAGGUUAAUUUAAUAUAUCAAUGGUUAAAACAAUAAUCUAUAUUUAUAAUGUGAAACUAUUCUUAGUCACUAUUGUACGUAUUUUCUUUCAA